GAAAAUAAAAAUACAGUUGUAGAAAAUACAGAAAUUCCAGUUAACACACAAAAAUGGAUAUUACAACUAAGGACGAGCUGGAGGUCAUCGACUGCUCCAAGAUGCCGCUGGAUCGCAUGGAUCUCAUACGGCGCACCCUGAAAUGUCUCACCAUUGAAAUCUUUGACUAUGACGCGGCUGUCAGCUUUACGGGUGAAGAGGAGGAGCUAAGUAUUGAGCCGACACCAGACACAGAGGAUGCCAUACAGGAUGACGAAGAUCGUGCGAUACGUGCGGUGGCUGAAAUUGACUGUUUGAUACAGCGCAUAGAACUAAUGCAACUGGCCAUUAGGCAUCGGCCGAAUGAAGAUAUGUCCGAGAAGCGAAUGGCAGAGGAAGAAAAACAGCAAGAGGAGGAAUAUCUAACUAGAUUUCAGCUGAUAUGCAAGGAGGUUGAGGGGAAAAGGAAGCAACUGGGGGUCAAAAUAGAAGUCGCGGAACCAAAGCCAGAACAGCCACAUCCCCUGGAGCUAACCUGCCAGGAAAAGCUCGAAGUGCGUAGGUUGCAGCACGCUUAUCACCGCCUGCAGUGUGAAAUAUCUGACCUGAUCUCCAGCUAUCAAAAGCUGCGCAGCAUCCCGCGUACAUUCCGCCUGCACCUGUGUGCUAUGAACAAACAGCUCCGCCUGAUGUCGACCCGUGUCCAAGGCUUCAAUAAGUGGACCAAACAGGUGCACAGCGAAAUCCGCGAAUGUCUGGAGCGCUAUCAGCAUCUGAUGCAUCACAAAAUAUCCAAAAUUGAGGCACAAAAAACGGCCAAGGUGCACAUUUACCGGUUUUUUGCACGUAACAAAUUCUUCCUCAUGAAAAGUCGCAUGCCGCGCGAAGUGCGCGAUUUUCGCGGUGAAAUCGAUGACUUGUGCAGCUUUAUAACCGAUUUGAGCGUGGAAAUGGAGCAACGGUUCGAUAAGUUCGAGCAAUCGAAUAGGGCCAAGAAUCAAUGUAGCAAUGUAGAGAACGAUUUGAAUGCACCACUGGAGGAAAUGCAUUCGGCACUGUCGGCGGUUAUCAAGGGAAAACCCAAUAAGUUUAAGAAAUUAAAAAAUAGUACAAAUUAGCACCACGAAGGUGAC